AUGUCCCAUGGCUCAUGGUCCAUGGGUACAGUCAGCCUCCCUAGGCAAACAAGCAGGUGCUGUGGUCUGCCACCGGAUUUUGCGCGCUUCAUCUCGCACUUUGUCUGGGCGGCGCUCGCACUUUACAUCUCGAGUCAGGAGGAGAGGGGCCUGUGGGAUGGUUCGCUCGGCCUCGGUUCUCUCCGGAUUGUCGAAUUCGAUCUUGUGUUGCGUCGUAUCGCAUCGGGAUCUGGUGUCACCCGGAUUCUCCAUACCGGCCCCAUGGGACCGGAUCCAACAUCUGCCUCCGGAGCUGUCCGGACCUCGCCCACACGAGCACCCGACGCGCCGCAGCCGGGCCAAUCCCAGCCCCCGACGGCCGCCGGGGAUGAGAGUGGAAGCAAUAACAGCAGCAGCGCGACCCGCCUCGGCAUCGGGAGCAGCAGCGGCGGCCGCAAAAUCGAGCGGUCCUGCCAGCUGUGCCACCGCCGCAAGAUUCGCUGCGACAAGAAGCAACCUUGCGCUUCGUGUGCCCGUGGCGGCUUCCAAUGUCACUAUCCACAAGCGGGCCAGCCGAUACGCCGUGUCCGAAAGACCACCAUCGCCGACGUUGCAAGCCGGAUUUCGGACCUGGAGAAGACGCUUGUGGCCGGAGCGGCGAGCCAGCAACAGCAGCAGCUUCCGGCUCUUCGGGCUUCACCAUCGGCCUCCACGCCCGGGACAGCCUUUGGUUUGGGUUUGAGACCAAAUCACUCUAAUCCAUCACCAUCCAGGCCAACCACAGCGCCAGCUUCGGGUCCGCAGGAGAAGAGUGUCAACGAUGAGAUUCUUUUACGGAAGGGAUCGUCGAGUCAAUACUUUGACGAUGUUCUGAUUUCUCGGGUCAUUGAGGAGAGUAGUGAGUCGGCAGCUACGGCGGAGCUGUCGCCAUUUAAUCCUAUGGGCAUUCUCUCAGCACCAGAUCUCAAAUUGGAUCUUGCUGAGCUCCUUCCUUCAAAGUACGGCGCCAUAGAACUAUGGAGGAACUAUGUCGACAAUAUCGAGAUUUGCAACAAGAUACUCCACCGGCCGACAGCAGAAGUUCUCGUGUACACGGCCAUCGACGACCCUCGCAACGCGAGUUCAGAAGCACUAGCGGUCAUGUUCGCCAUUUUCUUUGUCUCAACUGUUGUUCUGGAGCCCAAUUCGGUCCAGAUUUUCACGGGCGAAGACAAGGUGACGAGCCUUCAUCGAUUCAAGACAGGCCUCGAGCAAGCUUUUGCCAAGGCCGACUUUCUUGAACAUCCUUCGGUGAAACUGCUCGAAGCCUUGUCUGUGUACUUGGCGCAGGCGGCGCUCAGGAUACACAACCCCGGUCGAGGCUUGUGGACGUUGAACGGACUGGCCAUCCGAGCAGCCCAAUCGAUCGGUCUACACCGAGACGGGACUAAGCUCGGCCUCUCACCCUUUGAGUCCGAGAUUCGUAGACGCAUUUGGUGGCAUCUCGUCGCGCGGGAUGGUCGAGCAGCAGAGGACUAUGGCUUUUCAAACGUUUCAAGCUUCAACCUACAAAUAGGCGUCAGCUUCCCAUCAAAUCUGGACGACGGAGACCUGUAUCCCGAGAUGAAGGAGCUCCCACACUCUCGCACCGGCUGGACGACGUUGACGCUGGCACUAAUCAACAUCCAAGUGACUCGCACAUGGCACCGUCUAGCGGCCAUGGCCUCGUCGUGGGCCGAAAACCCAACACCGGAAUCCGUCCGCGUCCAGGUCGUCCAAGAACUUCACGAGUACGCGGAAGGGUUCCUUCGACACUGCAAUCCGGUCAUCCCUCAACAACGCCAGACCCUUCUCGUUGCACGGUUCAUCAUUCGCAAGGUUGACAUGGUCACGCGCCAGCAGUGGCUCAACCUCCAGCACCCAGAGGCGCGCGACUCGUUUGCGACGGAGGAGAAUCUUCUCCAGGCGCUCGGUAUUCUCGAGGAUGGCAUGAGCCUGGCGUCGGACGAGCUGCUGCGGCAGUAUCGGUGGUCUAUGCGGGCGUAUCCCCAGUACCAUAUGCUUCUCUACGUCCUGUGGCACUUGUGCGUGAGGCCGGAGGGACCGAGUGUCGAUAGGGCGUGGAAGGCUGUGGACGAUAGCUUUAUGCUUUUGAAGAGCGUGAACGCCGGUUUCGGGCCCGCGGCGAAGAUGACGGUUCUAGAAACAUUGAGAGCCAAGGCAACGGCGAUACGACAGGGUCUUGACCAGCAGAGCGGCGGUGGCGCCGUCGUUGUCGGCGGAGCGACUGCCAAUGGGAGCGCCGAGAAAGAAUCCUACCCGACGCCUGGUGGUACUGACGAUAGAUCGGAAGCGGAGGGCAUGGUGGAUAGUGGACUGGAUAGCAUGGCGGCCGCCGACGGAAUGGAUUGGGCCGGCAUGAUGCAAGAUUUCCCCGACUGGACCACGCUGAUGAACGAGUUCCAGGUGGACGGCUUGGACUUCCCAAACUAUUUGAACUGA